UCGUUGCACUGUGAAUCAGAGGGAUUGGCACAUCUUGUUUUACUCGGGCGUUUAAUUUGGGCACGAUUUUCUUUCUUUGAAAAUACACAUAAAUAAAGUUUAAUCCCGCUCUUUAGUUUUUAAACCUUAAUCAAAAGCAGUUUUUUGAGAAGGCGGCUGGCUUGCGAAGACGGUUGCCUCCUCCCCCGAAGUCAAAACGCGAUAUUCAUGUGCAGACAUCAGCUGCCUUCCUACAGGGAAUCGCAGAGGGCGGCACCGGAGACGACCCAGACCAAGUCUGACUGCGUCCCGAACUCUCCCUCCUGACCUGCUCCACGUCGAGAACCAUGCAACUCGCGGCUUACCUGCUCUGCCUUUCGUUCGCGAGUCUGGUCUCAUGCCAGCUGCCCCUUGGAAAAAGGAACUUUAAAUGUGGAGGAAUUCAAAGCGGAGUGUCAGGUUUCAUUGGAAGUGACGGAUUCCCUGGACUCUACCCGCCCAACAGCAAAUGCUCAUGGAAAAUCACGGUACCAAAAGGUCGGGUGGUUGCUCUCAAUUUCCGGUUCCUCGAUCUGGAACGUGACACACUCUGUCGAUACGAUUACGUUGAUGUUUACGAUGGUCAUGUCAAUGGCCAGCGGUUGGGCAGAUUUUGUGGUACAUCAAAGCCUGGCGCCAUCAUCUCAACUGGCAACAAAAUGUUGGUCCAGAUGGUAUCCGAUGCCAACACUGCAGGAAAUGGUUUUGUCGCUAUGUAUUCUGCAACUCGGCCAAACCAGAGAAAUGAUCAGUUUUGUGGUGGUCGUCUGGAAAAAUCAUCUGGCUCCUUCCAAACACCCAACUGGCCAGAUUAUGACUACCCAGCGGGAGUCUCCUGCUCGUGGCACAUUGUGGCGCCCAAACAUCAGAUUAUUGAGUUAAAAUUCGAGAAGUUUGAUGUCGAAAGAGACAACUACUGUCGAUACGAUUAUGUUUCUAUAUAUAACGGUGGUGAGAACAAUGAUGCCAAACGAAUUGGCAAGUUCUGUGGAGACAGCCCUCCAGCGCCAGUUCUGUCACAAGAGAAUGAAAUAGUGGUGCAAUUCCUCUCGGACCUGAGUGUCACGGCGGAUGGGUUUCUGGCUCACUACAAAUUCAGAUCAAAGAAGUUUGUCAGCACAGCAGCACCAGUCACAGUACCUCCCGUAACAACCUUGAAACCUACUGUACCUCCUUGCCAACUGAAAUGCAAAAGAAGCAGUACAAUGGGAAGCAAUUUCUGUACCAGUGACUUUGUGUUGACUGGGACGGUUAUAAAUGCUGUGAACCGCAAUGGCAGUAUCCAUGCAACUAUCUCUAUUAUAAAUAUUUAUAAAGAAGGGACAUUGGCAAUUCAACAGGCAGGGAAGAACAUGAGUGUCAAAAUAAUUGCAAUCUGCAAAAAAUGUCCAAUUAUUAAACGAGGACUGAACUACAUUUUCAUGGGACAGGUGGAUGAAGCAGGUCGAGGCACAGUGCUUCCCAAUAGCUUUGUCGUGCCCUAUAGAUCAAAGAAUCAAAGGUUCCUCAACAUCUUGAAAAACAGACGAUGCUAAACACACUAUGUGAACAGUGACUUUAUUUUCUAUUUAUGAUGCAAGAAACCUUCCUGAUUUUUCCAUUAAUUUGUUACAAAGUGCUCUUCCUAAUCUAUAAGGGACAUACUGUUGGCAAAUAGAAGUAUUCAAGUCUGGAAUAUGUCUAAUUAAAGUGCUCCCUGGAGUUUGGAUGUUUGCUCUAGCUAUUUUAAUCCUUGAACGAGUAGAGAAAAAGUCUGGACAGAAAGAAUAUCCCCAAAUUCAGCUUGGCUUUGGAACAGUCUAUUUAUAACAAUGAUGACAGAGAUUGAUCCAAUGUUUAUCUUAUAUAUCUAUAUCAUAAUAGAUGGUUGAAAGUGCAAUAACAAUGUACAGCAGCAAAUAUGUGAUGUAUUGAGAUUAAUUUGUAUUCAUCUUUAAUUAUUUGAUUCUGUUUCUUCAACUGUCACUGUUUGCAUAAUAUCGGCUGCUUAAUAAAAAAAAGUUGUAUUUGGAA